CCGCCUCAUUCACCAUGUCGUUCGCCGCCAAAAAGGACGAGGAGAGCGGCCUCAGCGCGUACUACAACAACAAGACGACCGUCAUCCAGGAGGCCCGCGUCUUCAACGAGUCUCCAAUCAGCCCGCGCAAGUGCAGAGCCCUCCUUACCCGCAUCGUGUACCUCCUCUAUGUCGGCGAGACGUUCAAUACCCAGGAGGCGACGACGCUGUUCUUUGGAACGACGAAGCUGUUCCAGCACAAGGACAGUGCGCUUCGCCAAAUGGUAUACCUCGCAAUCAAGGAGCUCGCAGAAACGGCAGAGGAUGUCAUCAUGGUCACCAGCAGUAUAAUGAAGGACAUGCAGCCGAACUCGGAGGUCAUCUACCGGCCGAACGCUAUUCGCGCGCUCUGCAGGAUCAUCGACCCAUCCAUGGCCCAGGGCGUGGAGCGCUUCUUCAAGGCCGCCAUCGUCGACAAGAACCCAUCCAUCUCGUCCGCCGCACUCGUCUCCGCCUACCACUUGUUCCCGCACGCGAAGGAUGUCGUGAAGCGAUGGGUGAACGAGGCGCAGGAGGCGGUCAACGCCAAGUCGUCGUCCUCGUUCUUUGGCACGAGCGCGUCCACCGGCGGAUACCUCGGUUGGGGCGGCUCGUCGUCGAACGCGAACACGGGCUACCAGCCGAUCCCGUCGACGAGCUACAUCACGCAGUAUCACUCGCUCGGUCUGCUGUACCUCAUUCGCCAACAGGACAGGAUGGCGGUCACGAAGAUGAUCCAGCAGCUCGGUGGUGGACGGUCUGGCGCGGGCACGACGCUGAAGAACCCGAUGGCGUUGUGCAUGCUCAUCCGGUACGCGGCUAAGGUUAUGGAGGAGGAUCCCAACGUCCAGAAACAGAUGCUCGACCUCCUGGAGGGGUGGCUCCGUCACAAGAGCGACAUGGUCAACCUGGAGGCUGCCCGGGUUAUCUGCGAACUGAAGAACGUCACGUCGCAGCAGUUGACUCGCUCGAUCGCCGUCCUACAACUGUUCCUCUCUUCACCGAAAUCGACAUUGAAGUUUGCGGCGACCCGGACCCUUGCUGCCCUUGCGGUUUCGCAUCCCACGAGCGUCGCGGCAUGCAACAUCGAUCUCGAGAACCUCAUCUCGGACCCUAACCGCAGCGUCGCGACCUACGCUAUCACAACUCUCCUGAAGACCGGCAACGAGGCGUCCGUGGACCGGCUCAUGAAGCAGAUCAGCGGUUUCAUGAGCGAGAUCAGCGACGAGUUCAAGGUGAUCAUCGUCGACGCGAUCCGUUCGCUGUGCCUCAAGUUCCCCGCGAAGCACGAGUCGAUGCUCGCGUUCCUGUCGGGCGUACUUCGCGACGAGGGCGGGUACGACUUCAAGCGCGCGGUCGUGGAGGCAAUUUUCGACAUGAUCAAGUUCAUCGGGGAGUGCAAGGAGCAGGCGCUCUCGCACUUGUGCGAGUUCAUCGAGGACUGCGAGUUCACGAAGCUCUCUGUCCGCGUGUUGCAUCUGCUUGGUGCCGAGGGUCCCAAGGCGCCACAGCCGACGAAGUACAUCCGCUUUAUCUACAACCGCGUCGUGCUCGAGAACGCGACAGUGCGGGCCGCGGCUGUCGCAGCGCUCGGUAAAUUCGGAUUGACUAACAUCGAUGCGAAGCUGGGCAGCAGCGUCAAUGUCCUCCUCAACCGGUGUCUUGAUGAUGUCGAUGACGAGGUCCGCGACCGUGCUGCGCUCUACCUCAAGGCAUACUCCGCGCCUCCUCUCAUCCAGCCCUACGUCAAAGAGGAAUCCAUCUACUCUUUGUCUGCGCUCGAGUCAAAACUUGUCUCAUACCUGAGCGAUCCUGAGUUGUUGGACCAGCCUCUAGAUAUGUCCUCCAUACCUAAGAUCAGCAAGCAGCAGGCGGCAAAAGAUAGUGCCCGUGUCAGCACGCUUGAGACCCUUGGCAUGCCCUCAACAUCAAAGGCUGCGACCCCUCCCCCUCCCUCUGCAGCGGAAACGCAAUCAAACUAUGCCUCACAGCUUGCGGAGGUACCCGAGCUGGCCUCGUACGGAAACGUGCUCAGCAGCAGCGUCAAGCCUGCACCUCUUACCGAGAGCGAGACGGAGUACCAGGUGUCGGUUGUCAAGCACAUCUUCCGGGAGCACAUCGUGUUCCAGUUCAAUGUGUCAAACACGAUCGCCGACACCGUCUUGGAGCAAGUUUCUGUCAUCAUGCAGCCCCAAACGGAGUCUGGUCUCACCGAGGACUUCAUUAUCCCCGUACCCACCGUCACCGCAUCCACGCCCGGCGUCGUGUACGUGUCCUUCACGCGCGACACCCCCGAGGAGUACGUGCAGGCGUCCUUCCAGUGCAUCCUCAAGUUCGUCAGCAAGGAGCUGGACCCGUCGACGGGCGAGCCCGAAGAGGAGGGCUACGAGGACGAGUACCAGCUCGAAGAGACGGAGCUUGCCGCGUCGGACUACAUUGUCCCGAGCUACGUCACGUUCGCGUCCGAGUGGGAUCGCAUGCGCAGCGGCGUGUCGCUCACAGAGACGUUCGCCCUCCCCGCAAUGGAGUCGCUCAAGGCUGCAUGCAACUCGGUCAUCGAGAUCCUCAACAUGCAACCACUAGGCGGUACGGAGGACCCUCAAUCCCCGACGGUACACGCGCUACAACUGUCGGGUCUUGUUGCUGGUGGUGGCGGCAAGGUCCUCGUAAGGUGUCGCAUGACGUACUCAAAGGCGCAGGGAGUGACGCUCGAGGUCGGUGUGCGGGCAGAGCAGCAGGCGGCCGCGGACCUCGUCGUGUCGGCCAUCGGUGGCUAGUCGUCGUCCAAUGUUCAUUUCUGUAUGUAUGGUGUAUGGAGGAAGCACAUUUUCUCUUAUU